UAAUAUAUGGGUCAAUCGGCGUGACGGGACCAUUAUCCGCGCCCCCGCCCUCUCUCAUGGAAACAACCGGAAUUGAAACUCCAUUAGUAGACGGAACCGUUGACCGCUUCGUUGACUACAAAAAUCGUCCAGCCAUCAGAUCCAAAUCCGGCGGCUGGAGAUCCGCUUAUUUCAUUAUAGGUGUUGAAGUUGCUGAGAGGUUUGCAUACUAUGGAAUAAGUUCAAACUUGAUUACAUAUUUGACCGGACCGUUGGGUCAGUCAACGGCUACGGCAGCCGAAAAUGUGAAUGCUUGGUCCGGAACGGCGUCGCUUUUGCCGCUUGUCGGUGCUUUUAUUGCUGAUGCAUUUUUAGGAAGAUAUCUUACUAUUUUGAUUGCUUCUUCACUUUAUAUACUGGCACUUGGGUUAUUGACCGUUUCAGCUUUGCUUCCUUAUCCUGACUGUGAAGGUGCCACAUCAUGUUCACCUCCUCAGUUCCAAGUGAUUUUAUUCUUCUUUUCGCUAUAUCUUGUGGCAUUUGCACAAGGUGGCCACAAGCCUUGCGUACAAGCGUUUGGAGCCGACCAGUUUGACUCUGAGAAUCUAGAAGAACGCAAAGCCAAAAGCUCAUUCUUCAACUGGUGGUAUCUUGGCUUGUGUGGUGGUCCAUUAAUGGCUUUAGGUGUUCUGAAUUACAUUCAGGAUAACUAUAGUUGGGGCCUAGGGUUUGGGAUUCCUUGUAUUGUUAUGGGUCUGGCGUUGCUUAUAUUCUCAGCUGGAACUGUAACUUAUCGUUACGAGGAAAAAGUUAAUGAAAAAAGUCCUUUUGUCAGAAUCGGGCAGGUGUUUGUUAGAGCAUUCCAGAAUCGAAGAACUUCGCCAUCUUCAAUUUCUCUGGAAGAGGAAGCUUCUGGAACCCUACCUCAUCGAAGUUCUCAGCAAUUUAGAUUUCUCAACAAAGCCCUAGUUUCACCCGAUGGAUCAAAGGAAGAAGGCAAUGUUUGUAGCAUCACUGAGGUGGAAGAAGCCAAGGCAGUACUUAGACUAGUUCCAAUAUGGGUUAGUUGUUUGGCUUUUGCAGUCGUCUUUGCUCAAUUUUCCACUUUAUUCACCAAACAAGGAGUAACUAUGGACCGGUCAAUUGGGUCAAACUUUGAAGUUCCAGCUGCGACACUACAAUCUUUCAUAAGCAUGACUGUUGUUAUCCUCAUACCAAUCUAUGAUCGAAUCAUGGUUCCUAUUAUUAGAUCCAUUACCGGGAAACCAUCUGGCUUAACAAUGCUUCAAAGAAUCGGAACUGGCAUCUUUAUAUCUAUUAUUUCAAUGGCGGUUUCAGCACUUGUUGAAAUCAAACGACUUCAAACCGCAGAGAAAUAUGGGUUAGUAGAUGACCCAAAUGCAACGGUCCCAAUGAAGGUAUGGUGGUUAAUACCUCAAUACCUGCUAACGGGAGCUGCUGAUGUGUUUACAAUGGUGGGCCUGCAAGAGUUCUUCUAUGACCAAGUACCAAAUGAGCUGAGAAGCAUAGGUCUAGCACUUUACCUUAGCAUAUUCGGUGUUGGUAGCUUUUUAAGCAGCUUUUUGAUCUCAGUAGUAGAGACCACCACAGGUGGAGAUGGUGAAGAUGGCUGGAUUGCAGAUAAUUUGAACCGCGGUCACCUUGAUUAUUUCUACUGGCUUCUGGCUGGUAUUAGUACCGUUGCAUAUGUAUUCUAUUUGUAUAUUGCUAAAUCUUACAUAUAUAAUCGUGCAAAUAGCUUAUGAAGAUUCCCUGGUAGUGGUGGUGUAAGUGUGUUGUAUUGAAUUUUUAUAUGGAACAGUAUAAUUGUUGCAUAUUUUUAUAUUUGUAUUCAUUUAUAUACGAAAAUUGUAUAAUGGGUAAUUGAACUAAAUGGUUCAGUUUG